CAGAUAAAUACGGAGGCGGCCGGAGCGAGGGCAGAGACAAGGAUAGGAGUGGUGGAGCAAGGGCGAAGGAGAUCAUAGUAGAGGAGGGGGAGAGCGAAGAAUAAUAGCGAUAAUUUCUGUGUAGCCCUUUGGCUAGGGACAUUUCCCUUCCUAGGUAUCUUCGCUUGGAAGAAGAAGGCGAAAGGGAGCGCAAGGACAACUUUGGUUGCUGGAUUUCUUUGGCUGGCGAGGAUGCCUUUUCUGGGCCAGGACUGGCGCUCCCCGGGGCAGAACUGGGUGAAGACGGCGGAUGGUUGGACGAGGUUUCUGGCCGAGAGGGAGAACAGCAGCGGCAGCUUCGCCAGCGAGCGGAACAGUUACUGCAGAAAAGAGGACUACAAUAAAGAGAAUAUUUUGAAUAGCAUGAACUAUGAUGUUGCUGCGAAGAAGAGAAAGAAGGACCAGCUGAACAACAAGACAAAGAUUCAGUAUUUUCACCAAGAAAAGUGGAUUUACGUGCACAAAGGAAGCACGAAAGAACGACAUGGCUAUUGCACUCUUGGAGAAGCAUUCAAUCGGCUGGAUUUUUCAAAUGCCAUCUUGGACUCAAGGAGAUUCAACUAUGUUGUACGGCUGUUGGAGCUGAUAGCAAAGUCUCAGCUAACAUCACUGAGCGGAAUUGCCCAGAAAAACUUUAUGAACAUCUUGGAAAAAGUAGUGCAGAAAGUCUUGGAGGAUCAGCAGAAUAUUAGGCUAAUCAGGGAAUUGCUGCAGACUCUGUAUCUGUCUCUGUGCACUUUGGUCCAAAGCGUUGGCAAGUCUGUCCUGGUUGGCAACAUCAACAUGUGGGUCCAUAGGAUGGAGACGAUUCUUCACUGGCAGCAGCAGCUGAACAAUAUCCAAAUCACCAGGCCUGCCUUUAAGGGGUUGACUUUUACAGACCUGCCCUUGUGUUUGCAACUGAACAUCAUGCAACGCCUGACAGAUGGGAGAGACCUGGUGAGCCUUGGGCAAGUAGCUCCAAGUCUUCAGGUGCUCAGUGAGGACCGGCUGCUGUGGAAAAAGCUUUGUCACUACCAUUUCACAGACAGACAGAUUCGUAAACGGCUAAUCAUGUCGGAGAAGGGGCAUUUGGAUUGGAAGAAGAUGUAUUUCAAGCUUGUGAGGUGCUACCCAAGGAAGGAGCAGUACGGUGAUUCUUUGCAGCUCUGUAGACACUGCCAUAUCUUGUCUUGGAAGGGCACUGAUCAUCCAUGCACAGCUAACAACCCAGAGGGCUGCUCGACUUCUCUUUCACCCCAGGACUUCAUCAACUUGUUCAGAUUUUGAAUCCCCAAGUCAUUUCACUGUGUAAAUAUUUUGCUAUUCUGAUGGGACACUUUAUACCGCCGAGCAAGCCCGCUCAACCUGUAUAUUGUGUGUAAAUAUUACGGCCGUGGAGUUCCUGAGUCAAGAGGACAAGAGGAUUUUUAGGAAGCGAAGGGAGUCAUUCUUCAGUGGCGUUGAACUCUCUUUGAGAAUAUGGCCUUCCAAUUGAACUGAUAAAUGUGUAAACACUGUAAAUAUGAUGCUUUGUAAGAAUUUGAGUGCAAGCAACUGGGGAGAAUCCUUAUUCUGCUUAGGAAAUUCAUUUAUAUAUAUUUUUUGCAUCCGUUUGAAAUGUCUCUUUGGUUUCAAAGCCUAGAGAAAUUAAACACCACGAUUAGGCUAAAGCUGUUGAACUACUUCCCACUGGGUUUUGUUUACAAUAGAUAUUUAUACUGAAGACAUUUUUAGAAUCGGUAGCUUACAAGGGCAUAGCCCUUUAUCCUUUAAGAUAAAAAUCAAAUGUAAAAUGUACACACCACACCAUUUUCUACCUCUGAAAAGCUUUGCAGCCAACCUGAUAUGCAAUGUGAAUUGUACUUGAUAGAGAUUUAAAGGGGGAAAGUUGAUGGCAAAAGUAGACUUAACUCCUUUUUGUUACUGCUUAAGAGUCUGCUUGCUCUUUUGUUUGAAAAGCCUGGUUCUCAGAAAUUUAGAAAGGCUCUACCAAAACAGUGGGCCUGUUGUGAUGGCUGGUAAAACAACAAACACAAAGAAUGAUGGAGAUUCUGGAGGCCUGCUGUUGCUGUUGCUCUCAAUCUCUCUCCAAUACAGUGCCCAAGUUCACAUGUCACACUGAGCCCAAACUGGCUUAGCAUGAAUGCAUGGGAUUGGGAGAGAUCGCAGCUGCAUUUCUCCUCUGGAGUCGUUCAGCUGCUGUGCUGAACUAAACCAUAGUUUGGAUUAGCAUGUCUUCCAAACCUAGUCUUAUGGCUAAGCUCUGUCCAGACCAGGCAUAGGCAAACUCGGCCCUCCAAAUGUUUUGGGAAUACAACUCCCAUCAUCCCUAGCUAACAGGACCGGUGGUCAGGGAUGAUGGGACUUGUAGUCCCAAAACAUCUGGAGCGCCGUUUGCCUAUGGUUGGUCCAGACUAACCACAAACUGUACCCUAAGGUCUGCCCUGUGAUUUACAGCUUACGGGUUGUGUGGAAGAGCCUUACCACAAGCCCGGGUUCAGGCAAUAUGUGCAAGCAAACCAUGGCUUAGCUCUCAGCGUGAUGGAACAGCAGCAGCGAGGAGCAAAGGAGCCGCAAUGUCGCCUCCAGCACUGGUUGACUUUGAGCACGUACAAAUACACUGUGCUGUGAAAGGGGUGUAGCCAGCCUUGCUUUUUGCAAAGAGACGUCGCUUGUCUGUUCUCCGGCAAGCUCUAAUGUGCAAUACAUUCUGCUAUGUGGGUUUUAAGCUCUGUGGAGCUUGAAUGUGGAAGAUCCAGCUGUGGGGAGGCACAGGGGUGCCUGUGACAUGAACCCACCACCUCCUCCUCCCCACACACCACCAGAAACUUCCACAUCACCUGCUCUCAAACUGUAGAUCCUGCUGGGAUUAAACAUGAGGCUUCCGGUUUGCAAAGUGGAUGCCCCUACCACUGCCCUUCUCCUUCCUUGCAGAACUGGCCCAGUAUUAAAUUAAUGGCAGGGGAAACACUAAAACUCCACCAAAGGUGGAGGACUCGCCUCUGUCCCCCUAAUAAGUGUUGAUGUUGGAUUCUGAGAAGUGUGUGGCCUAGAGAACUAUAGGUUAGCUAUUACCUUUUGCUUGAAUAAGACCACAGGCAGCUGUGUGCAUGAAGAAUCUCUAAACCCCCAUGAGGCACAUGUAUCUGUGCUUAGCCUAUGUUGGUACCACACAUGGUCUAAAGGGUACAGCUGCACUCAAACAAGCUACAUUAUCCAAAGAACCAACAUGACAAAAGUUGCCCCGUGUCGUGUCAAAACGCUUCCCCUUUGGAGCUGCUUCUCCUGUAUACUGUAUUGGGUUUGGUGCUGAAACACAGGAGAAAUUCCUUGCACAGGGAUGGAAAAGAUGAUCAUUUUAUUGGUAUUAUUCAAAGCAGUAAACCAAAACAACGGUACAGUCUGACAGCAGGGUGCAUGCAUAAAAUCCCUUUUUUCCCCCGGCUAAGAUUUAAUACAGAAACACAGGUUUUUAAUGACGCUACCGUAAGGGUUGUUUAGGGGCAUUGCUGGCGCCAGGAAGUUGCGGAAAUGAAGUGAGGUUGGAGCAGGGAAGUGAGAGCAGAGGCAGUGGUGGUGGUUGAUGCGAGGAGUUGGUACAAUAUAAGUUGUUAUGGAACGGAUACGUUUGCCGUGUGGUUGGGUCAUUCAGGAAUUGAAAUUAGCAGCCUAUAUAGUUUAGGAGAGUAGAGGAUGGGUCUGAGUGUAAGCAGAAAGUGGCUUUUGGUGUUUGGACGAUGCGUGAAAGAGGGGGGAAGAUUCAGUGGUCCCUUAGGGUGCAUGGGACGUUGUCCCACCAACAUCCUGUCUUCCCUCAGCCAAUGCGAUCUCCUUUCUUACUUGCAUCCACUGGCUAUCGGCAUCCUCCUCCAUGGUCUCGGCAUUGCCAUGAUAGAACUUGGUAGCGGAGAGGGUGGGGGCAAACCUAUAAUGAGUUAGCUGUGCCUGCCAUGGGCUCUGGCGCCACCUACUGUUGGCCUCCCUGCCUUCUGCCCUACCAGUACCAAUGGGCGCCAGCGACCACUAAAGGGAUUGUUUACAUGUGGUGUGCCGAUUCGUUUUUAUCAUGAAGCCCAUUAAAAUAAAAAUGGUAGGGUAACAUUUCUGGACCUAUUGAGCAUUUCCUACAUCCAAACUAGCCUUUGGCAAACAAAUUCCCCUGGUUUAUAUUAGGAUAGGACUUUAUUUUUACAAAAUGUGUGAGUUGUAUGCUAGAGAAGCACUUAUUCCACCCGUUGUUUGCGGGAGUUUUGUACGCACCUUGUAUAUGUUAUUGUUUAGCUACUGGAUGAAUCGGAAUCUCUUUCAUGUGUCGAAAAACAUGCAUUUUCUACCUGAAUAUGUGCCCAGGAAAUAGGCUCUUUAUAAUGGGUUCUACGGCAUGUGGGCACUCGUACGGCAGAAUCCUCCUUACCACAUGGCAAUAUGGUGCAGGUGACCCAAAACCCUCAGUGGCACCACAGGUCAUUUUGGGAGCAGUUUGGUUGGCAAGUAUGGACUCCUCAUCUGUAUGACAUAAAAUCAGAUGCUAGGACACCUGUAGGGUGGAUACCUUGUGGGUAUGUAGUACUGUACAACUUCAGACACUCAUCCUUGAGUGCAUCCCAACAGUUAACGUAACUUUGCCUCCUUAUCUGACCCUGGAUGGCUUAAGCUGAAACAAACCAGGAUCUAUCCAAGUGCAGUUAAGUCUCUCGUAAAACUGACGUGAUGUUCCUGGGCUUGAAACCAUCCACUUGCUGUACGGGCGGGGGAAGGGGGAGGUAUUGGCACAGAUUUCUGUGCAACCUGUUGCAAGGCUCAUUUUAACGACCCUUCUUGCCUCUUGCCAUAAACCCAUAUAUUUAAUUGAAACCACUCUUCUCACUAGCUGACUUGUUGGCAAAAACAAUGAUUUGCUGUGAAUGUGAUGCCUUUAUGACUUUUAAAGUCAUGCUCCUUUUUUUUUUUUGCACAUGAGAUUAGCUCUUUCCCCCUACACCCCCAUUUUAGAAAAAUUGUUAAGCAUUCUGGAGUUCUGCCUAUGGCAUACAUGAGGCAAAAUACUGACAAGGUUGUUUUUUGAACCCAUUUUUUAAUGUAACUGCUGUCAUAAAGACAAAGAGCUGCUUUAGCUCUCAGAUGCUGAUGUGUCUGGGAAAUGCACCCUUCUCAUUCCAUCAUCAGAACCGAGUCAACGAGCAUACAGUUGCUGGAUUUUCACCCAUUGAACAAUCUCUAUCUGUAACGACAUAACUCUGGGAAUGUACACUUGGAGGAGUACUGCUGUAAAAAUGUGAUGUAAUGUAGGGAAAACCUCUUGAAGGCAAUGGGCUUGAUCCUGAUGAACUUAAGGCCCACUGAUUUCAGGGUUAACGAACUUGGGUGCACAAUCACAUGGUUCCUCGGAGUGUCCCAAGGGCCAUACAAUAUGGCCGAUCUCGUAUUCUGUGGGCAGAGAAGGAAAUCUGCUCUCAAUAGAGCGGGGUACUCCCAGCCACCAUGGAAAGUACUGGUGCUAUUGCAGGCAUAGGCAAACUCGGCCCUCCAGAUGUUUUGGGACUACAACUCCCAUCAUCCCUAGCUAACAGGACCCAGUGGUCAGGGAUGAUGGGAGUUGUAGUCUCAGAACAUCUGGAGGGCCGAGUUUGCCUAUGCCUGUGCUGUUGCUCCCCCUCCCCCCAAAUUGGAGCUCUGGUGGUAAAGAGGACAAAAAGGCAGAGGCGAAUUAGGGGAGGGGUGCCAUGGGUCAUUCUGCGGACGUGACUUUGGGACAGUGAGGAGUGUUCACUGGCCCUGCAGCUGGCUUUCCUUCUUAUUGGAAUCAAUGGGUAGGGUUUGUUCUCUUUGAUGAGAGGAUAAAACCAUAGGCUUCCCUUCUGUAGAACACCCAGCAAAUAGAAUGACAAUCUCAGAUCCACUUCCACAAAUUUCUCCCAACGGAAUUCUCUCCCUGUUCCAGGCAUAUUCUACUUCCCAUCUCCGACCUGGAAGGCUCAUCACGUUAGCAGUCCUCUCCAUUCCGGCCCACUUGUAUCACACGGCUUAUGUGCAUUCCCCCCCCCCAACCUUAACCAAAGCCGGGAAUUGGAGAGCAAUUCGAUCCAGUUAGCAUUUAAAGGUAAAUUUUCCCCAUCAGCAAAUAUCUUGAAGCAAUACGUGAACUCGGAACAAAGCCAUCUUUUGAAAUUUGCACUUUCCUGAAAUUUUGCAUUGUGAUGUGUGCGGAAAUACAUUCUGUUAAGAGGAGAUUGAUUAGGGGGAGGGAAUGUGUGCACCUAUUAGGAGAAAUUAGCAUGGAAAUACUGGUGGGUUUUCAUGAGCAUUUUUUAAAAAAGCAAUUGCAAAAUGUUUUGGAAGAGGGGAGAACUGAAUUUGAGGUGGUUUUUUUAAAAAAGGAAGAAAGAAAGAAAACUUGGGAGAACCAAAAUGGACAGAUUUCUCCUUCCCUGAAUGGAUGGAGAACAGCAACCUGAAGAUACAGCCAUAAGACCCUUGUAGCAUUCCUACAUCCAGGGGCCUCCAUCCUCAUGUUCAAUGUAUCUUUGAUUUUGGGUGUUUGGGAUUAGUGGGUGUUGGGGAAAGCCCUCAGAACCCUUUACUCCAGAAUGACCCUGUUGGUUACCUGCAGAUCUUCUCCAGAAGACUUUGGCUGGGAUUUGUGGCUGUACACUAGAGAUGGAGAACCUGUUAUCCUCCAACAUGUCAAGGAUAAUCCAAAAUCUCCUGAAGGACCACAGGUUGCCCAUCCUUGCGCUGCACCAAAGAUGCCACAACAAUGCAUGUUGGCAUCAGUGGAGUUCAGUUGCAGCCUCUGUAAAGCAGGGGGGGGUAACAGCUCUUCGUCGUAAUGCCUUAUAGAAAUAAGAAUUGUUCCAUCCGUUCAGAAUCAUGCAUUGUUUGGAAACUGAGGAAAAGGGAGAGGCAUCCGUUUGGCCCUCUGGCUCCUUCUGCCCUUUUCUCUCUCGCGUACUGUCUUGACAGAAAAAGUUUUAUUUCACUCUACAUCAUGCCAAUAGGCCAGCUCAAGAAUGAAUUAUUUUCUUUUUAAAAAAAAGAAAAGAAAACCGUGGUGGUUUUUUUUUAAAGAACUCCAUUGCCAUUAAUAAUAUAUAGCUGCCUAUAUUUGUCUAAAAGAGGAAACUUAAAGGUUUAUUUUGAUGUAGCUCAAUGGAGUGGUUCAGAGGUUGAAAAGCAUACAUUGUGUAUUUAAAACCCUUUUUGUGUUAAGUAUAAUGGGGUGCUUAAAAAUCUGUUCAUAUAAAUGUCGCACAUUCUUUUCUUGCAUGUUCAGCCGUUUUUGAUUUUUACAACUGUUUGGAACAAGCAGUGAUGUAAAAAAAAUUUUUUUGUAAACUUUUUUUGACACUGAAUUAUAAAUAAAAUGUUCAGAAAUUA